AUGUGUCUGCUGUCUGCACUCGAACACAACACUGUUGUGAAAACUCUAGAUCUUUGGCUGCCUGGCAAAGACACGGCUCCUUCUUCCAAUAAAGACAGCGAUAUCAACUAUUCCAUUCUGAGUCGGAUAUUGGAGCAGAACAAAACCCUUCAACGCCUCGUCGUCACGUCUUGGAGCAGCGAUAGCGACUAUGCUGCAUGGCAAGCUCUCGUAGAAGGUCUCCGCCGGAAUGUGUCAAUACAAUCAGUAGAGCUUGGAGAUGCCGUCCACGAAACAAGCAGUAGUACGGACUACCAGGACGUCGUGAUGAUCCAUUGCGAUGAGCAGGAGGAUUCAAAGUUUGGAAAUGAUGAGUUGGGGGAUUUAGAAAUGAUCAUGGUCAGUGGAAAACUAAAAGCACUGACUCUGAAAGGACUCACACUGAGUCCAACUGCUGCAGAGCGCCUUGCCAAUGGCAUUUCGCAAUCCUCUUCGCUUUUCAUGUUGGAAUGCAUGCAAGUUUCAAUGGAUCGGGGAUCAUGGGGUACAGUCUUGGAAUCUUGCAGAAAUGGUACACUUUCUGAAAUUCACAUCGCUCAGUGUGACUUGGGGUUUUCAGCAACGACAAUGAUAUCCUGUGCGCAGCCUUCUGACGAACACCCGCUUUCCGCCUUGUUACGGAAAAACUCAAGUCUUCGUGUCUUGCGGGUAAUUUCCAGCCAAUUUGGAGUGGCUGAGCUACGCGCUGUCACCGAUGCUGGCCAGCUCUUCUUGAAGCAAUUGGAGCUCCGUGACCACGAGUUGACGGGAUGCGGUGGGCUACUAGCUCACAUUGCUCAACAAGCUAGUAGCCUGGAACAUUUGUCUCUGUCCGACACUGGCCUUGGAAAUGGCGAUUUGAUAGAACUGUGUAGAGGGCUGUACCUACACGCUUCUCUGAGCUCGCUCAAUAUCCAAAACAACAAUUUCUGCUCAGUUCUAGCUGCCCAAAUGCUUGCGCAUACGAUAUCAUCUCUCACCAGAAUCGAGUCUUUGGAUAUUUCUGAAUGCCCUUGGGGUGACGAAGGAGUUUCUGUCCUGAGGACAACGAUCGCCUCACAUACUUCCUUGCGCAAACUCCACUUGGCGGACAUCAGAAUGACCGACUGCGGCUUUGUUGACUUAUGUAGCAGCUUGUUGAACAAUGCUUCAUUGGGCGUCCUGGACGUGAGUAGGAACAGAUUGGGAACAUCAGGUAUGCAUGCCGUUGCAGACUUGCUAUCUCGAUCUAAAACUACCAUCUACGAUUUGAAUUUGUCCAAUUGCCACCUCACAGACCACGGAGUGGAAACUUUGGGGCGCUCUUUGUCCAGCGCUAAAUCGCUGGUCCGCUUGUCGCUGGCAUCUAAUUCGGCUGGUAAUGACGCUUGCCGUGCAAUAGCAAGUUCGUUGCCCCAUUCUUCUUUGGCCUGCUUGGAGCUCCAAUUCAAUCGCUUUGACGAAGAAGGCCUGGGCCAUCUAGUGGAGGCACUACAGCAUAGUGUCGAUUUGCACGACUUAUUUGUAUGGAAUGCUUGUGUAUUUACUGGAGGAGUAGUGUCAAAACAACAGCAAUCCAAACUACAAUUCCUGUCGGAAGCCAUGUUGCAUUGGCUGAGACUCAACAGAGCUGGGCGAGGCGUGAUCCGAAACUACAGCAAUCUUCUAUGGGAGAUCUUACCGAUCAUUUUGCACCGAGCUGGCCAGUUGUACGGACCGGACGCAUUGUUCCACAUGCUGCAAGCCCGUCCAGAGCUCGUGCUUCAAAGUAAGCGCUGA